ACGGUCGAAGCUUUGGAAUUGGCCUAUAUCAAAUGAUAUAAGUUUUAGUUACAUUUAGAAGCAAAAGACACUCUCUGUUUGAAGACGCUAGGGAUUAUGAAAAAAUAUGAAAAAUUCUAACCGGAUUUAAAAGUAAACGAAAUUGUACUAUAAUUUUUUUUUUUUUUUGAAAAAUGCUGCUGUUAAAUAGAAAAUCUUGUCUUCCUCUAAAAAAAUAAAAUAAAAUAAAAACGUUCUUUCUUCUUCUUCUACCUCACAUUCGUCCAUACAUUCUCAGAAACGAAGAAAAAUGACACAACUUGUAGCAGCUGCAACGUUCAAAUUCAACUCAUCUUACAAACCCAUUCAUCAUCAUCUUCACAUCCCCUCCUUCUUCUCUCCACCUCCAACCUCCUUCAAUAUCAAACACCCUCCAAAUCUUCGUCUUUCUCGCCAUUUCCUCUUCACGCUUCCUUCCCCCUCUCUCACUUCAUGCUAUAACAACAAAUCAGAUAUGAUAUCACAGUUGGAAGUAGCGAAACCGGAGCCGAAGAAGAGGGAACCGGAUAAACGUGUCAAUGGGAUUUUCUGGAUCAUUCUCCUUAACAUUGGAAUAUUCGUCGCCGACCAUUUUUUUCAGGUUGAUGGCAUCAAAGCAUUGUAUUUGUUUCACAGCAGGCCUGAUUGGUUCCAGUUUCUCACAGCAACAUUUUGUCAUGCUAAUUGGAAGCAUCUUUCUAGCAACCUUUUCUUCUUAUACAUUUUUGGAAAGCUUGUUGAAGAAGAGGGAGGAAGCUUUGCUUUGUGGCUUUCAUACAUUCUUACUGGUGUUGGAGCAAACCUUGUUUCCUGGCUACUUUUACCAAGAAACACAGUCUCAGUUGGAGCUUCUGGUGCCGUUUUUGGGUUAUUUACAAUCAGCGUCCUUGUAAAGAUGUCCUGGGAUUGGAGGAAGAUCCUUGAAGUGCUUAUAUUGGGUCAGUUUGUCGUAGAGAAGGUCAUGGAAGCAGCUCAAGCUUCAACAUCAUUACCAGGAACAUUUCGUGGAGGCUCAUUGCAAAAUGUCAAUCAUAUUGCACAUCUUUCUGGUGCUCUUGUCGGCGUGCUCUUGGUUUGGCUCCUCAGCAAAGUUCCUUCUGAUUCUCCAGACCGAUAAUCCACUUUGGAAUUGUUAAAUGCCCGCGAUUAUUUAUAGAUCAGAAUCAGAAUGGUGCUACUUAUAUAAAUUCCAUACCAUGUGAAUCUAUAUUUAACAACCAAAUGUAAUCAUCUGAGAUGAGGUUCCCUUGUGCAACUGCAUAUAAAUGUAGAUGUAAUAUUUGUGGAAAUAACAUUAAUCAUUGAUCCCAACCAACACAGUGUGGUAAGGGUAGAUAAUCUGAAAUGUAGAGCUUCCUUAAUUUUACCUUCUUUACAAUA